GUCAAAACUUUUUUAUAAGUGAAUUAAUUCGGUAAAAUUUAAUUACGAAAUGCAAGUUAAACUUUUUUAAAAAAAAAGCUAGAAAAUAAUUAGUAACGUACAGUACUGUACAUUGUAGGGGGAGAAUAUGCGGGGAGAGACGGAACACGUGAUAAACCCGUCCAUCGCCAACGUAAACGAUUACUACGGACGGAUAAAAUGAUGAUAAGCAAUGCAUUUAGAUUAAAAUGGUUUGUUGGAGCGAUUUUCCUUACAGAUACAAAGAAAAACAAGUUCCUAUAGAGCUAGGUCGGACGGACAUCGUCGAUCACGAUACCGCCGAUGCUCUUCCCAAAAAAUUGGAAUUCACUUGGAUCGACGUUUCGGUUAUUUUGUUUUCGAUUGGAACUUUCGUAUUGGAUACGGGUUCCGACUCAUUUCUCGCUUACAUCCAUUACAAGAACUACUCGAAUGGAGAAAGGGCGAGUUUAGUCUACUUCGUUCUUACCCUUGUGUUUGUGUUGGUCCCGACAGUAACCAUGACGGCUUUCAGUCUAAGAUGGUACGUCAUCGAUCACAAAUAUGCAAAAAGGAAAGUUCCCCUGUGUCGGUGGAUAUUAAGAACUGUUCUCUUGUUUUUUCAAUUGGGACCGGUGCUUAGAUACAUUGAUUGCAUUUUAUUUGGCUUAAAAAGUCAAAAAGAUAAAAGUAAAUUGAAACAGAAAGAAUAUUUCCAGGAAAUGUUAUAUGAAGAUGUUGAUGCCACAUUGUUAAGACUUUUUGAAUCUUUCAUGGAAGCUGCUCCUCAAUUAUUGCUGCAGAUUUAUAUUUUAUUGAAAAUUGAAUUCUCUAUGGAUGAACCUAUUUCUUGGAAAGUGAUCGUUCAAAUAGUAUCAGUUCUGAUAUCACUUGUAUCAAUAUCCUGGGCAAUAUCUGCUUAUUUUCGAGCUCUUAGAUUUUCACUGCCUAAGAAGAAAAACAUGGGCUGGAUUGCGACGAUUUUCCAUGCAUCUUGGCAUUUUUUCGUUAUUUCUGCGAGGAUAUUUGCACUCGGACUUUUUGCUUCACAAUUACCAGAAUAUCUGCCUGUUGUUUGUAUAUUGCAUUGGUUCAUAAUGACACUCUGGAUUAUUUCUAUGAAAACUAACUUUUGCAUAAAUAGGUUUGAGGAAGUACUUUAUAAUGCCGUUGUUGGAAUCAUCUUUAUCUUCUGUUAUUUCAAUCCAGUAGAUUCUCCAACUCGACACAGAUAUUUCAUUUACUAUUCUGUUAUGAUUACAGAAAAUAGCAUUCUCAUGUUAAUAUGGAAUUUCUACGGCAAUAAUUUUCUGAACUAUCGACUGCCAAUUUUUGUGGUACAUUAUGCAUUAUUUUUAUUGGGAUUUGCAUUUAUGGUAAGUUGUGUAUAAUUUUUCAUUUUAUAAUUUUAGUACUCAAAUAUUGGGGUAUCCGAUUAUCCAGGUGCUAUAGUACCCAUUUAAGACAUUAUACUUGUAAUAAUAUAAUCAUUUUGCUUGUUUAUUAGUCACUAAAUUCUUUUUAUUUAAUAAUUCACACUAUUGUUAAUUGACUACUGUAAAACUGAGCUUCAAGAGAAGAAGAAAACAAUUUUUUAUUCAUUAUUCAGGAGUAAAUCUUGUUACCUGUUUCGAGAAUAAAAAUUGUGAGAUAUGCAGAGGGCCACUGGGCUGAUCCCUAAUGACCGCUUACGCUGCAACAGGUUGGUAAAACCCGAUCCCACAGUCGUAGGAUGGCUUAGGAGGGCAAAUCGAAUGGGGAGGGAGGUGAGGAAGCUGGCAGAUGUCCUUUAGAGACAGGUUUAACAAAAUAAACAAGCAUUUAUUUGAUUAAUUAAGCUAAGAUACAAGACGCUAUAACAAUACAUAGGCUAACGGCGAUUAAAUAUGAGUUAACUAUAAAAACAGGCCGUUCUAACAGCUCUAACGGCUAUCCUGAGAGAGAGUUCACAAUGCUCGAAAAUGCAAAUACCUCUAUAAGGAUAUGACUAAUAUGCGUUUGUUGAAUGGGCCAUAUGAAUUGUAGUCAGUGCAGGAACUGUAGAAUGGCAAUGGAAGUUUGAAGUGGCUUUCUGUUGUAUGGCGAUGUCCUUUCUGUCGCUAUAUCCGGUGUAUGGAGACAAG